UUUUAAACAACUCGAAGCAAAACGAACCGCAGUUCGAAAAAUCGAAGUUUCUGCGCUUGUAGGCAAAUUGUACUCGCCCCAGUCGCCCCGUUCAAAGUUAACCUCUAAUGGCUUUAUUCCUGUAGUACAUUAGAAAAAUAUAAUCAUGGGAAUUUUGGAGAAAAUUGCAGAAAUUGAAAGGGAAAUCUCUAGGACCCAAAAGAAUAAAGCUACUGAGUAUCAUUUAGGACUUUUGAAGGCAAAGUUAGCGAAAUACAGGUCUCAACUCUUGGAGCCUUCUAAAAAAUCGGAAAAGGGCGAAGGCUUCGAUGUUUUGAAGAGUGGAGAUGCAAGAGUUGCCUUAAUAGGAUUUCCUUCUGUAGGAAAGUCUACAUUACUAUCCACAUUGACUAAGACUGAAAGCGAGGCAGCUUCUUACGAGUUCACAACACUGACUUGUAUACCUGGUGUUAUCGAAUACAAUGGAGCAAACAUUCAGCUUCUCGAUUUACCUGGGAUCAUUGAAGGAGCUGCUCAAGGCAAAGGAAGAGGAAGACAGGUUAUAGCUGUUGCAAGAACUGCUGAUUUAGUCCUUAUGAUGUUGGAUGCAACGAAAAAAGAUGUACAUAGGGAAUUAUUGGAAAAAGAGUUAGAAAGUGUUGGUAUUAGACUGAAUAAGAGAAAACCUAACAUUUAUUUCAAGCUCAAGAAAGGUGGAGGACUUUCUUUCAAUUCUACAUGCCCAUUAACCAAAGUGGAUGAAAAAUUGGUGCAAAUGAUUCUACAUGAAUAUAAAAUGUUCAAUGCAGAAGUGCUCUUCAGAGAAGAUUGUACCGCUGAUGAAUUAAUUGAUGUAAUUUGUGCUAACCGUGUUUACUUACCUUGCUUAUAUGUCUAUAAUAAAAUAGAUCAAAUUUCAAUAGAAGAAGUAGAUCGCAUUGCUCGUCAACCAAAUAGUGUUGUUGUAAGUUGUAACAUGAAACUUAACCUUGAUUAUCUUCUGAUAACACUUUGGGAAUACCUUAAUCUGAUUCGCGUCUACACUAAGAAACCUGGUCAACCUCCAGAUUUUUCUGAUGGUCUUAUUCUACGUAAAGGUGUAACGGUGGAACAUGUAUGUCAUUCUAUCCAUCGUACUCUAGCUCAAGACUUCAAGUAUGCACUUGUUUGGGGAACUAGCACAAAGUAUUCCCCACAAAGAGUAGGCGCCUCCCAUAUGAUGCAUGAUGAGGAUGUUAUUCAAAUAGUUAAGAAAUAAUUUAAUGUAAUUUUUAAUUUGAUCGAUUAUUGAUAUUUUUAUAAAAUAUAAGAUUGAAUCAA